AUGGAUUCGAAGAGAAAGGAGGAACUUAAGGAGCUUGUGGACUUCGCUUUUCGCUAUUUGCCUCUUCCUCAUCCUUGUCCUCCUUUUUCUCUUCAACCUGUCAAGAAAACUCUCUGUGACUCUGAGAUUAAGAAACGUCGUGACGAGCUCAAUGCAAGGUUGGAAGCGGGAAGACUUCUAAUGAAAGCCGAGGAAGCUCGUGCCAACAAGACGCUCGCUACUAAAGCUGAUGAUGACUCAGAUAAUGCCGUAAAGGCCAAGGCAUAUGAGAAGCUUACGAAAGCAAAUAUCAAGACUAUUCGCCAUGAAUCUGAUGAAGAAGACAAAUAUCCACCAAGAAAAAGAACUUGUGUUGAAUAA